ACCCCAAACGCUUGAUAGAAUACCAAACAUAAAUACUUAAAAAAAAAGCACAAGAAAACAAAACAAACGAGGCUGAGGUUUUAGGAAACACUUUACCCUUUUCAUCUCUAUUGUCUUCCCUUCCUUUUCUAGGGUUUAUAAGGUUAGGGUUUCAUCCACCCCCUUCUCUCUCUACCUCUUUCUCUCUCCUCUUCUCGAUUACCAAUGGAUAGGUACCAGAAGGUCCAGAAACCCAAACCAGAGUCUCCCAUCAACGAAAAUGAGAUCCGAAUCACCACUCAAGGCGCCAUUCGGAACUACAUCACCUACGCUACUUCACUUCUUCAGGAAAAGCAGGCUAAAGAGAUUGUCUUGAAGGCAAUGGGACAAGCAAUCAGCAAGACAGUUGCCAUUUCAGAGAUUCUGAAGAAGAGGAUUGCCCAUUUGCACCAAGAUACUGCCAUCAGCUCAGUUAGCAUAACAGAUGUGUGGGAGCCCAUUGAAGAGGGUCUUGUACCUGUGGAAAUGACUCGACAUGUCUCUAUGAUCUCAAUCACCUUAUCAACCGGAGAAUUAGACAAAAAUUCCCCUGGGUAUCAACCUCCAUCUAAUGUGGAACAACCAAAGCCACACUCUAAUUAUCAGCAGCAACCUAUAAAACCAGCACAAGAUUCUUACAAUGCUGUAAAUGAAGACUCGUAUGGCCGAGGUCGUGGUCGAGGUAGGGGGAGAGGAAGAGGAAGAAAUUGGGGAAGGGGUGGUUAUGGAAGUUAUCAAGGCGGUUAUGGAAAUUAUCAAGGUGGUUAUGACUAUUACCAAGGUGGAUAUGCAAAUUAUCAAGAUAAUGGUGGAUAUUCUAAUCGUGGCCGAGGUGGAGGUCGAGGCAGAGGUUGGGGGUAUCGUGGUACUGGUUAUGGUGGUGGCAGAGGCGGAGGUUAUGAAGGCGGAAGAGGAGGAGGUUAUGAAGGUGGAAGAGGCGGAGGUUAUGACGGUGGCAGGGGUGGGGGUUAUGAAGGUGGCAGGGGCGGAGGCUAUGAAGGAGGCCGGGGCGGAGGCUAUGACGGUGGCAGGGGUGGAGGCUAUGAAGGCGGCAGAGGUAUGGGUUAUGUAGGAGGCAGAGGUGGAGGAAUGGGUUACGUCGGAGGCAGAGGUGGAGGUAUGGGUUAUGAAAGAGGCAGAGGUGGAGGCAGGGGAUAUGGCCGUGGCAGGGGAAGAAUCGGUGGACGUGGUAGGGGUGGCGACAACCAAGCAUAAUAGCAAUGGCUGUUGCUUUCAUUCAUGCUAAAUGCUUGCCUUAAUAGUGCAGUUAUUUAUUAGAAUACUGUGUUGAUAGUAUGAUGUGGUUCAUGAUACAGCCAGCAUUAAUGUUUUUUCUUCAUGAAACUGAUUUGGGCAAGGUUUUGUUCAUCUUUAGAUUUAGCUGGAAAAAGCAUCUUUGGUUUUAUGAUUGCUGUAAUUCAUUACACUUUUUAUGGUUUUGCAAACACCAUAUUUUUAUCUGUAUCUGGUUUCUAUAUGGCUUUCAAUUUAAUCAAAGUGUAGCUCUUCUUUUUUUC